AUGGGCCGCCCCCCCGCCGUCCGCGGGGCCCCGCCGCCGCUGCUGCUGCUCCUGCUGGUGCCGUUGCUGCCGCUGGGCGCCGCCGCGGAGCCCCGCCAGGUCUUCCAGGUGCUGGAGGAGCAGCCGCCCGGCACCUGGGUGGGCACCAUCGCCACCCGCCCCGGCUUCACCUACCGCCUGAGCGAGCACCACGCCCUCUUCUCCAUCAACGCCACCUCGGGUGCCCUGCAUACCCGCGCCACCAUCGACCGCGAGAGCCUGGCCAGCGACGUGGUGGACCUGGUGGUGCUCUCCAGCCAGCCCACCUACCCCAGCGAGGUGCGGGUCCUGGUGCUCGACCUCAACGACAACGCGCCUGUCUUCCCCGAUCCCUCCAUCGUGGUGACUUUCAAGGAGGACACGGGCAGCGGGCGCCAGCUUAUCCUGGACACGGCUACCGAUGCCGACAGUGGCACUAAUGGCGUAGACCACGGCUCCUAUCGCAUCGUGGCCGGCAAUGAGGAGGGGCGUUUCCGGCUCAACAUCACCCUCAACCCCAGCGGUGAAGGAGCUUUCUUGCACCUGGUUUCCCGGGGUGGGCUGGACCGGGAGGCCACCCCCACCUACCAGCUGUUGGUGCAAGUGGAGGACAAGGGCGAGCCCCGUCGGCGGGGGUACCUUCAGGUCAACGUCACCGUCCAGGACAUCAAUGACAACCCACCCGUCUUCAGCCAGACCCUUUACCAGGCACGAGUGCCUGAGGAUGCGCCUGUUGGGGCCAGCGUUCUCCAGGUGGCUGCAGCUGAUGCUGAUGAAGGUACCAAUGCUGACAUCCGCUACCGCCUGGAAGGAGGUGAUGGCGGCGGCGGUGGUGGUGGGGAGGGGGCUGGCAGCCUUCCGUUUGAAGUGGACCCCGAGAGCGGGGUGAUCCGCAUCCGGGAGCGCUUGGACUAUGAGGUGCGACAGCAGUACUCGCUGACGGUGCAGGCCAUGGACCGAGGGGUGCCGGCGCUGAGCGGCCGGGCUGAGGCCCUCAUCCGCCUGCUCGAUGUCAAUGACAACGAGCCCCGGGUGAAGUUUCGCUAUUUCCCGGCCACCUCCCGCUUUGCCUCCGUGGACGAGAACGCGGCCCCUGGCACGGUGGUGGCCCUGCUGACGGUGAGCGAUGCCGACUCCCCCGCGGCCAACGGGAACAUCUCUGUGUCGAUCCUGGCGGGAAACGAGCAGCGGCACUUUGAGGUGCACAGCAGUAAGGUACCUAACCUCAGCCUUAUAAAGGUAGCAGCCGCGUUGGACCGGGAGCGCAUCCCGGCCUAUAACCUUACGGUGGCGGUGGCGGAUAACUACGGGGCCCCGCCGCCGCCUCCGGGCUCCCCCACUUCUGCCCUUUCCCCCGACGGGGGGGUGGCAGCUCCUGUGAGUCGCUCGUCAGUAGCUAGCCUGGUGAUCUUUGUGAAUGACAUUAACGACCACCCCCCCGUCUUCGGGCAGUCGGUCUACAGGGUGAACAUCAGCGAGGAGGUGCCCCUGGGCAGCUACGUGCGGGGCCUGAGUGCCACGGACCGUGACUCGGGCCUCAACGCCAACCUCAAAUACAGCAUCGUCUCGGGCAACGAGCUUGGCUGGUUUCGCAUCAGCGAGCACAGCGGGCUGGUCACCACGGCCGGCCCCGAGGGCGGCACCGCCGGGCAUGCCGCGGGCACGUCCGUCUCCAGCGGGCUGGACCGGGAGACUGCUUCUCAGGUGGUGCUCAACAUCAGUGCCCGCGACCAGGGGGUGCAGCCCAAGUUCUCCUACGCACAGCUGGUGGUGACCAUCCUGGAUGUCAACGACAACAAACCUCGCUUCAGUCAGCCCGAGGGCUACCAGGUGUCCCUGGCUGAAAACUCCCCCUCGGGAACUGAGCUGCUGGUCCUGAGCGCCACGGAUGGGGACCUGGGGGACAAUGGGACUGUCCGCUUCUCCCUGCAGGAAGCUGAGCCGGCGCUGGCAGCGGUUGGCCCCUCCUCGGUGACCCCUCGUCGGAUCUUUCGCUUGGAUCCUGUGUCGGGCAAGCUCAGCACCAUCUCGCAGCUAGACCGGGAGGAGCAGGCUCACUUCUCCCUGCAGGUCCUGGCCACUGAUUUAGGCUCUCCUCCCCUUUCUUCGAUAGCCCGAGUUAACGUGAGUCUCCUGGAUGUGAAUGACAAUAGCCCUGUGUUUUACCCCGUUCAGUAUUUUGCCCAUAUCCAAGAGAAUGAGCCAGCCGGAACCUAUGUGACCACAGUGUCUGCCACGGACCCUGAUCUGGGACCCAAUGGGACAGUCAAGUACAGCAUCUCAGCUGGAGACACCUCCAGGUUUCAGGUCCAUGGCCAGACAGGGGUCAUCACAACAAAAAUAGCCCUUGACAGGGAGGAGAAAACUGCUUACCAGUUGCAGAUCGUGGCCACUGAUGGUGGCCAUCUUCAGUCGCAGAACCAAGCCAUUGUCACCAUCACUGUCUUGGACACCCAGGACAAUCCACCUGUUUUCAGCCAGGGCAUGUACAGUUUUGUUGUCUUUGAAAAUGUUGCCCUAGGUUACCAUGUAGGUACUGUUUUUGCUUCCACCAUGGACCUCAACACCAACAUCAGUUACCUUAUUACGACGGGUGACCAAAGGGGCAUGUUUGCCAUCAACAGGGUGACGGGGCAGAUCACCACAGCCAGUAUUAUUGACAGGGAGGAGCAAGCAUUUUACCAGCUGAAGGUGGUUGCUAGCGGUGGGGCGAUAACUGGAGAUGCUAUGGUCAACAUAACUGUCAAAGAUUUAAAUGACAAUUCCCCCCACUUUAUUCACGCGGUGGAAAGUGUAAAUGUGGUUGAAAACUGGAAAGCUGGGCAUACCAUAUUCCAGGCCAAAGCUCUUGAUCCUGAUGAAGGUGUUAAUGGCGUGGUCCUUUACAGCCUUAAGCAAAACCCGAAGGGCUUGUUUUCAAUCAAUGAACAAACAGGUGCCAUAAGCUUAAUAGGGCCACUUGACAUAAAUGCUGGGUCUUACCAGGUUGAAAUCCUGGCCUCGGAUAUGGGGGUGCCGCAGCUGUCCUCUAACUUUAUCCUGACUGUCUCUGUCCAUGAUGUAAAUGAUAACCCGCCUGUGUUCGACCAGCUUUCCUAUGAAAUUACUAUUUUGGAGUCGGAGCCUGUGAAUUCCAGGUUCUUUAAGGUGCAGGCUUCCGACAAAGACUCGGGAGUGAAUGGCGAAAUAGCUUACAGUAUAAUUGAAGGAAAUACUGGGGAUGCCUUUGGCAUAUUCCCAGAUGGCCAGCUGUAUAUAAAAAGUGAACUGGACCGUGAGCUUCAGGAAAGAUAUAUUUUACUGGUUGUUGCCUCUGAUAGAGCAGUGGAACCACUCAAUGCUACUGUGAAUGUUACCGUAAUUCUGGAGGAUGUAAAUGAUAAUAGGCCCCUGUUCAACAGUACCAACUACGUAUUUUAUUUUGAAGAGGAGCAGAGGGGUGGAUCGUAUGUAGGUAAAAUAAAUGCUGUCGAUAAAGACUUCGGGCCAAAUGGUGAAGUCAGGUAUUCAUUUGAGCAUAUGCAGCCAAAUUUCGAGCUGAACACGGUAACUGGGGAAAUAAGAAGCACUCAUCAGUUUGACAGAGAAGCUCUUAUGAGACAAAGGGGAGCUGCAGUAUUUAGUCUCACGGUAAUAGCAACAGAUCAGGGGUUGCCAAAGCCUCUAAAGGAUCAGGCAACUGUGCAAAUCUACAUGAAAGACAUCAAUGAUAAUGCCCCCAAAUUUUUGAAAGAUCUCUACCAAGCUUCUAUAUCAGAAUUGGCAGCAAAUCUGACACAGGUUCUGAGAGUUUCUGCCUCAGAUGUUGAUGAAGGGGUUAAUGGUUUGAUUCACUACUCUGUAAUCAAGGGAAAUGAAGAAAACCAGUUUGCAAUAGAUAGCAGCACAGGCCAAGUGACCUUAGUAGGCAAACUAGAUCACGAAGCUACUGCGUCGUAUUCGCUUGUCAUCCAAGCGGUAGACUCGGGAGCAGUUUCCCUAAGUUCAACUUGCAUGUUGAGCAUUGAUGUGUUGGAUGAAAAUGACAACAGUCCUUCCUUCCCUAAGUCAACCUUGUUAGUGGAUGUCUUGGAAAAUAUGAGAGUUGGUGAACUUGUGUCAUCUGUCACUGCCACCGAUUCUGAUUCAGGUGACAAUGCUGACCUCCACUAUAGCAUUACGGGGACAAACAAUCAUGGGACCUUUAGCAUCAGUCCCAACACUGGUAGUAUUUUUCUUGCAAAGAAACUGGACUUUGAGACACAGUCUCUGUAUAAACUAAAUAUAACAGCAAAAGACCAAGGAAGGCCACCACGGUCAUCUACAAUGUCAGUGGUAAUACAUGUUAGGGAUUUCAAUGACAACCCUCCUAAUUUUCCUCCGGGGGAUAUCUUUAAAUCUAUUGUUGAGAACGUUCCUGUUGGUAGCUCUGUCAUUUCUGUGACUGCUCAUGAUCCAGAUGCGGAUAUUAACGGGCAGCUAACGUAUGCAAUCAUUCAGCAGAUGCCAAGGGGUAAUCAUUUCCGUAUAGAUGAAGUGAGAGGGACAAUAUUUACCAACGCUGAAAUAGAUCGCGAGUUUGCUAAUCUCUUUGAGUUAACAGUCAAAGCCACCGAUCAGGCUGUUCCUGUGGAGUCCAGGCGAUUUGCUUUGAAGAAUGUGACCAUUUUGGUGACGGAUCAAAAUGACAACGUUCCCGUGUUCAUAUCGCAAAACGCUCUCGCGGCCGACCCCUCAGUUGUGAUCGGUUCGAUCCUAACGACAAUUAUUGCUGCGGAUCCUGACGAGGGCGCCAACGGAGAAGUGGAAUAUGAAAUAGUCAAUGGAGAUACCGAAACCUUCAUUGUGGAUCGCUAUAGCGGAGAUUUAAGGGUAGCGUCAGCCUUGGUGCCUUCUCAGCUCAUAUACAAUCUCAUAGUUUCUGCCACGGAUCUUGGCCCUGAAAGGAGAAAAUCCACCACCGAGAUGACCAUAAUUCUGCAAGGGGUUGACGGGCCUGUUUUCACUCAGCCGAAAUACAUAACCAUCUUAAAAGAAGGUGAACCUAUCGGGACAAAUGUGAUAUCUAUCGAAGCGGCGAGUCCGCGGGGCUCCGAAGCUCAGGUGGAAUAUUACAUCGUGUCCGUCCGAUGUGAAGAUAAGAGUCUCGGGCGCCUCUUCACCAUCGGGCGCCAUACUGGUGUCAUCCAGACCGCUGCCAUUUUGGACAGGGAGCAAGGAGCACGUCUCUACUUGGUGGAUGUUUAUGCCAUUGAAAAGUCAUCUGUUUUGCCCCGCACGCAACGAGCAGAGGUGGAAAUAACGCUUCAGGAUAUCAAUGACAACCCACCAGUAUUCCCCACAGAUAUGCUUGAUCUGACCGUAGAAGAAAAUAUAGGAGAUGGAUCUAAAAUAUUGCAGCUGACAGCCAUGGAUGCUGAUGAGGGAGCCAAUGCCCUUGUCACAUACACUAUUAUCAGCGGUGCGGAUGAUAGCUUCCACAUUGACCCCGAGUCAGGAGACCUGAUAGCCACCAAGCGCCUGGACCGGGAGCGCCGCUCCAAGUACUCCUUGCUGGUUCGUGCUGAUGACGGCCUGCAGUCCUCAGACAUGAGAAUAAACAUCACUGUUAGCGAUGUUAAUGACCAUAUCCCCAAAUUCUCCAAGCCAGUGUAUUCCUUCGACAUCCCAGAAGAUGCCACUCCAGGUUCCUUAGUGGCAGCCAUUCUAGCCACUGAUGACGACUCCGGUGUCAACGGGGAAAUCACGUACACCGUAAGUGAAGAUGAUGAAGAGGGUAUCUUCUUCCUGAAUCCCGUUACCGGAGUCUUCAACCUGACUCGCGUGCUGGACUACGAAGCACAGCAGUAUUACAUUCUUACUGUCCGCGCAGAAGAUGGGGGAGGCCAAUUUACUACCAUCAGAGUGUACUUCAAUAUAUUGGACGUCAACGAUAACCCGCCAGUGUUCAGCAUGACCUCGUACAGCACGUCUUUGAUGGAGAACCUGUCUCCAGGAUCUGCUAUUCUCAACUUCAGCGUCACUGAUGCAGAUGAUGGCUCCAACUCGCAGCUGUCCUUCAGCAUCGCAUCCGGGGACAGCGCGGGGCAGUUCGGCAUCGACAACAGCGGGGUGCUGAGCAUCAGGCAGCCUUUGGACCGGGAAAGCCAGUCUUUCUACAGCCUCGUCGUGCAAGUCCAUGACAUGGCCCCUCUCCCGGCCUCCAGGUACACAAGCACAGCCCAAGUUUCAAUUAUUUUGCUGGAUGUGAACGACAGCCCUCCAAGCUUUAUCUCCCCCAAGCUGACCUACGUCCCGGAAAACACACCGAUAGAUACGAUUGUGUUCAAAGCGCAGGCGACCGAUCCUGACAGCGGUCCGAACAGCUACAUCGAAUACAGUCUGCUCCGGCCUCUGGGAAACAAAUUUAGCAUCGGCACUAUUGAUGGUGAAGUCAGGCUUACCGGGGAGCUUGACAGAGAAGCCGUGUCCAACUACACCCUGACUGUGGUAGCCACAGACAAGGGCCAGCCAUCCCUUUCUUCGUCUACGGAUGUGGUGGUUAUAGUCCUGGACAUUAAUGACAAUAACCCACUUUUUGCCCAAAAGCUUUAUAAGGUAGAGGUGGGGGAGAAUACUUUGACAGGGACGGAUUUAAUCCAGGUGUUUGCUACGGAUGGAGAUGAAGGUACAAACGGGCAGGUCCGCUAUGCUAUCGUGAGUGGAGAUGCCAAUAAUGAGUUUCGGAUUGAUUCUGUGACGGGGGUGAUAACAGUUGCCAAGCCUUUGGACAGAGAGAAAAAGCCCUCCUAUACGCUGACGGUGCAGUCGGCCGACCGUGGGAGCAGCCCGAGGACUGAUACCACCACAGUCAGUAUUAUUCUGAAGGAUGUCAAUGAUUAUAUUCCCACUUUUGAACUUUCUCCCUACUCUGUGAACGUCCCUGAGAAUUUAGAGACGCUCCCGAAAGUUGUUCUUCAGGUUGUAGCAAGGGACGAUGAUCAAGGCCUAAACAGCAAGCUUACUUAUGUGCUGGUGGCUGGAAAUGAAGAAGGAGCCUUUACUCUCUCGGCCAGCGGAGAGCUGCGCUUGGUGCAGAGCCUGGACCGGGAGGCAAAGGAGCAGUACGUACUACUGAUCACAGCUGCUGAUGCAGGAUCUCCUGCCCUCACUGGCACUGGAACCAUUGCUGUCACAGUGGAUGAUGUCAAUGACAAUGUCCCCACAUUUGCCUUUAACGUGUAUUCUGCCACUGUUCCGGAGGAUGCUCCUACGGGGACAGAUAUUUUGCUUGUAAACUCCUCAGAUGCUGAUGCUUCUACAAAUGCUGUUAUUAGCUAUAGGCUUACUGGUGGCAAUUCGCAAUUCACAAUCAACCCAUCAACAGGACAAAUCAUCACCAGUGCUCUCCUUGAUCGAGAGGCGAGGGAGAACUACACUUUGGUGGUGGUGGCGAGCGACGGGGGCUUCCCUAGGGCUCUCUCCAGUUCCACCAGCGUGCUCGUCUCCGUCGCCGAUGUGAACGACAACCCACCCAAAUUCCAACACCAUCCCUACGUCACCCACGUCCCAUCGCCUGCCGCUUCAGGCUCGUUCGUGUUUGCUGUGACCGUCACUGAUGCGGAUGCCGGCUCCAAUGCCGAGCUCCAUUAUUCUCUCAUGGGGAAAAACUCCGAGAAAUUCCACAUCGAUCGCAGGGGGGCGAUCCUGGCUGCAAACCCACUGGUGGGAGAGUCCGAAGUCACCAUUUCUGUUCACGUGAAGGACGGCGGCCGGUACCCCAAGACAGACUCUACAACUGUCACUGUGAGGUUUGUGAACAGAGCAGAAUUUCCUCGCGUUCAGGCGGAUCAGGAGACCUUCACGUUUCCUGAAAACCAAGCGGUCGGUACGCUUGUCACCACCGUCUCUGGAUCUUCAGCCAGAGGAGGCUCCUUGUCUUACUACAUCGCCAGCGGUAACCUGGGCAGCACCUUCCUGGUCGACCAGGUGACAGGACAGCUUUCUGUCGGGCGGGCUUUAGAUUUCGAAGCCAUACAGAAAUACGUGGUUUGGAUCGAGGCCAGAGAUACGGGCUUUCCUCCCUUUUCCUCGUAUAAGAAACUGGAAGUAACGGUGAUAGACGUCAAUGAUAACGCGCCGGAGUUUGAGCAAGAUCCCUUCAUUGCAGAAAUAGUGGAGAACCUGUCCCCGCGGAAGAUACUGACAGUGGCUGCUGUCGACAGGGACAGUGGUCUAAACGGACAGCUAAAUUAUGAAAUAAUUGAGGGCAAUACAGAAAAUAGUUUCAGUAUCAAUCGAGCCACUGGUGAGAUCAGAAGUGUCAGGCCUUUGGACAGGGAGAAAUCGUCUCGAUACACGCUAACCAUAAAAGCUUCAGAUAAAGGCACCCCGCUCCAGAGCACGACCGUCAAAGUUAUCAUUAAUAUUUUAGAUGAAAAUGACAAUGCUCCAAGGUUUUCCCAGAUAUUCAGUGCUUCCGUGCCUGAAAAUGCACCUCUGGGUUUUACGGUAACCCGAGUCACGACGUCAGAUGAAGACAUUGGGGUGAACGCGAUCAGCAGGUACUCUAUAAGGGAUACAAGUCUCCCGUUUACCAUAAAUCCCAGCACUGGGGACAUCACCAUCAGCAGACCACUAAACAGGGAGGACACAGACCGCUACAGAAUCAGGGUCUCCGCGCAUGACUCUGGGUGGACGGUGAGCACGGAUGUCACCAUAUUUGUCAUGGAUGUCAAUGACAACGCCCCACGAUUUACAAAGCCGUCCUAUUACCUGGAGUGUCCCGAGCUUCCUGGGAUUGGGUUGAAGGUCACCCAGGUUUCAGCCACCGAUCCUGAUGAAGGGUCGAACGGCCAAGUCUUCUACUUCAUAAAAUCCCAGUCCGAGUUCUUCCGAAUUAAUGCAACCACGGGGGAAAUUUUCAACAAGCAGUAUUUAAGGUACCAAAACUCCAGCGGUUCGAGCAAUGUCAACAUUAAUAGGCACAGCUUCAUCGUUACUUCUUCAGACCGAGGCAGUCCUCCGUUAAUGAGUGAGACAACCGUCACCAUUAACAUAGUAGACAGCAACGACAACGCACCGCUGUUCCUCACUCAUAAAUAUUUUACUCCUGUUACAAAGAACGUGAGGGUUGGCACAAACUUAAUUAAAGUUACUGCAGUGGAUGACAAAGACUUUGGCUUGAAUUCUGAAGUGGAGUACUUUAUCUCUGAUGAAAGCAAAACUAAUAAAUUCAGACUGGACAGGAGUACAGGCUGGAUUUCUGUGUCAUCUUCACUAAUGGCUGAUUUGAACAAAAACUUUCUGUUUAAAGUGAAAGCAAAGGAUAAAGGUAAUCCUCCACUCUCAUCUGAGGUAGCUGUUGAAAUAGUAGUAACAGAGGAAAAUUACCAUACACCGGAGUUUUCUCAAAGCCGUAUGAGCGUUACUAUCCCGGAGAGUCACUCUGUUGGAACAGUGGUCAGGACGGUUUCAGCCCGAGACAGAGAUGCCGCUAUGAACGGAUUAAUCAAGUAUAAUAUUUCUUCUGGAAAUGAGGCUGGCGUCUUUGCUAUUAAUACAACUACCGGUACACUGAUGCUCGCAAAACCACUUGAUUUUGAGUUGCGCCAAAAACAUGAGCUAGUUGUUACUGCCAUAGAUGGAGGAUGGGUGUCCAGAACAGGCUACUGCAGUGUCACUGUUAAUGUCAUUGAUGUGAAUGACAAUUCUCCAGCAUUCAGCCCUGAGGACUACUUUCCCAACGUGUUAGAAAAUGCCCCCAGUGGGACAACUGUCAUUCGUUUAAAUGCCACUGAUGCUGACUCUGGACCUAACGCUGUGAUUGCGUAUGCUAUUCAGUCCUCAGAUAGUGACCUCUUUGUCAUUGACCCCAAUACAGGAACGAUCACCACCCAGGGAUUUUUAGAUUAUGAAACAAAGCAAAGUUACCAUUUAACGGUAAAGGCUUUUAAUGUUCCAGAUGAAGAGAGGUGCAGCUUUGCUAGUGUCAACAUCCAGUUAGAAGGGACAAAUGAGUAUGUGCCCCGUUUUGUGUCCAAGCUUUAUUAUUUUGAGGUUUCUGAGGCAGCCUCCAAAGGUACUGUUGUAGGUGAAGUUUUUGCAAGUGAUCGUGAUAUGGGAACUGACGGAGAAGUCCACUACCUUAUCUUUGGCAACAGCAGAAAGAAAGGCUUCCAGAUAGAUGAGAGAAGUGGCCAGAUCUACGUUUCAGGACCUCUCGACAGAGAAAAAGAAGAACGAAUCUCUUUGAAAGUCCUUGCAAAAAAUUUGGGGAGCAUUCGUGGUGCAGAUAUAGAUGAAGUAACUGUUAAUAUCACUGUAUUGGAUGCUAACGAUCCUCCCGUUUUUACCCUAGGAACCUACAAUAUACGAAUCAGCGAGGGUGUUCCUCCAGGCACCCAUGUCACGUUCGUGAGUGCCUUUGAUUCAGAUUCUGUCCCUAGCUGGAGCAGGUUUUCCUAUUUCAUUGGGUCUGGCAAUGACAACAGCGCCUUUUCCAUCAACCCGCAGACAGGACAGGUGACGGUCACUGCAGAGCUGGAUCGAGAAACGUUGCCUGUGUACAACCUGUCUGUGCUGGCCAUCGAUUCGGGAACGCCGUCUGCUACAGGAAGUGCCUCUUUAUUGGUAACUUUGGAAGAUAUCAAUGACAACGGCCCUACCUUGUCCACCAGCCAAGGAGAAGUCAUGGAGAAUAACCGUGCAGGAACUCUUGUGAUGACACUUCAAUCGUCAGAUCCUGAUCUUCCUCCGAACCAAGGUCCCUUUACGUAUUACUUGCUCAGCACUGGCCCCGCAACCAGCUACUUCAGCCUUAGCACCGCUGGUGUGCUGACAACGACGAGAGAGAUUGACAGGGAGCAAAUCAGCGAUUUCUACCUGUCGGUGAUUACGAGAGACUCUGGCGUUCCUCAGAUGUCUUCCACAGGAACUGUGCAGAUCAAGGUAAUAGACCAAAACGACAACCCGUCUCAGCCCAGAACGGUAGAAAUCUUUGUUCACUAUUAUGGCAACCUCUUCCCAGGUGGAAUUUUGGGCAACGUAAAGCCGCAGGAUCCAGACGUGCUAGACAGCUUCCAGUGCUCCCUCACCUCAGGAGUCACCAGCCUCUUCAGCAUUCCUGGGGGUACCUGCGAGCUGCACUCGCAGGCGAGGUCCACGGAUGGCACGUUUGACCUGGCUGUCCUCAGCAACGACGGGUUGCAUGGUGCCGUCACCAGCAGCGUCCGGAUUUUCUUCGUGGGCUUCAGCAACGCCACCAUUGACAACAGCAUCCUCCUCCGCCUGAGCGCCCACAGCGUGCGGGAUUUCCUGACGAAUCACUAUCUCCACUUCUUACGCAUCGCCAGCUCCCAGCUGACGGGGCUGGGCACCGCCGUCCAGCUCUACGGGCUGUACGAGGAGAGCAACCACACCUUCCUGAUGGCGGCCGUCAAACGUGGCAACAACCAGUACGUGAAUCCCAGCGGCGUGGCCACCUUCUUCGAGAGCAUCAAAGAUGUCCUCUUCCGCCAGAGCGGGGUGCGGAUCGAGGCUGUGGACCACGACUGGUGCCUGCAGAGCCCCUGCCAGAACGGAGGGAGCUGCCUGAGGAGGUUGGCGGUGAGCCCGGCUCUGAAGAGCCACGAGAGCAUCCCCGUCAUCAUCGUGGCCAACGAGCCCCUCCGGCCCUUCGUGUGCAGGUGCAUGCCGGGGUACGAUGGGAGUCUGUGCGAGACGGACAUCGACGAAUGCCUCCCUUCCCCCUGCCACAAUGAUGGGACUUGCCACAACUUGGUGGGGGGCUUCUCGUGCAGUUGCCCGGAGGGCUUCACUGGCAUGGCCUGCGAGAGGGACGUCAACGAGUGCCUUUCCAACCCGUGCAAAAACGGUGCCGCCUGCCAGAACUUCCCGGGAAGCUUCAACUGCGUUUGUAAAACUGGGUAUACAGGGAAAACGUGCGACUCCGCUGUCAAUUACUGUGAGUGCAACCCCUGUUUCAAUGGUGGAUCCUGCCAAAGCGGGGUGGAGGGCUAUUACUGCCACUGCCCCUUCGGUGUUUUUGGGAAUCAUUGUGAACUGAACAGUUAUGGGUUUGAAGAGUUGUCGUAUAUGGAGUUUCCCAGUAUGGAUCCAAACAAUAAUUACAUCUAUAUAAAGUUUGCCACUAUAAAAAGUAAUGCCUUAAUGUUGUAUAACUACGAUAACCAAACUGGAGAGCGGGCAGAAUUUCUGGCCCUGGAAAUAGCAGAAGAGAGGCUGAGAUUCUCCUACAAUCUUGGCAGUGGCACGUACAAGCUUACCACAACUAAGAAGGUGUCUGACGGACAAUUUCACACAGUUAUUGCCCGGAGGGCUGGAAUGGCAGCAUCACUGACGGUGGAUUCCUGCUCUGAGGAUCAGGAGCCAGGCUACUGCACUGUUAGCAAUGUUGCUGUUUCUACUGACUGGACUCUCGAUGUACAACCAAAUCGAGUUACUGUUGGUGGCAUCAGGUCUGUAGAGCCCAUCCUUCAAAGGAGAGGACAGGUGGAAAGCCAUGAUUUUGUGGGCUGUAUAAUGGAGUUUGCAGUCAACGGACGUCCCCUGGAGCCCAGCCAGGCUUUGGCAGCUCAAGGAAUCUUAGAUCAGUGUCCCAGACUAGAAGGUGCUUGCACGACCAGCCCCUGCCAACAUGGUGGCACCUGUAUUGAUCACUGGUCGUGGCAGCAGUGUCACUGCAAAGACGGACUGACGGGAAAGCACUGUGAAAAAUAUAUUACUGCCGACACUGCCUUAUCGCUAGAAGGCAAAGGACGACUUGACUACCACAUGAGCCCAAACAAGAAGCGAGAAUACAUGAUGAGACACGGCACUCGAGGCGCCGGCCCGGGACCCCCGAACGCGGACCGCUUGGAAGUGAAGUUCAGGACAAGAAGCGAGAACGGCGUUUUAGUUCACGUCCAGGAAAGCAGCAACUUCACUACCGUGAAGAUAAAAGGUGGGAAAGUGCAUUACGUAUCCGAUGCUGGAAUUGCUGGGAAAGUGGAAAGAAAUAUCCCAGAAGUGUACGCUGCGGAUGGUCAGUGGCAUUCGGUACUCAUUGAGAAGAACGGGUCUGCUACUAUCCUGUCAGUCGACAAGACUCAUAGCCGAGACAUUCUCCAUGCCACGCAAGACUUCGGUGGGCUAAACGUUCUUACAAUUUCUUUGGGAGGAAUCCCAUCAAGCCAACCUUUCAAGAGCACAGUUGCAGGCUUCGACGGCUGCAUUUCCUACGUCAAGUACGGCGGGGAGAGCCUUCCCUUCGCUGGCAAGCACAGCCUCGCCACUCUCUCCAAAACAGACCCCUCGGUGAAGAUCGGCUGCCGCGGCCCCAACGUCUGCGCCAGCAGUCCCUGCUGGGGCGAGCUGAUGUGCAUCAACCAGUGGUACGCCUACCAGUGCGUCCCACCGGGCGCCUGUGCCUCCAGCCCCUGCCAAAACGGGGGCAGCUGCGAGCCCGGGGCGCACGCCGGCUUCACCUGCAGCUGCCCCGAGGCGUACGCGGGACGGACGUGCGAGGCGGUAGUGGCGUGCCUGGGGGUCUCGUGCGCCCCGGGCCACGAGUGUAGAGCGGGGAUCAAUGGUGGCCACGUCUGCCUCCCGUCCCCGCACCCCGCCGAGCUGUCCCUGCCCCUCUGGGCCGUGCCGGCUAUCGUGGGCAGCUGCGCGACGGUCCUGGCGCUGCUGGUCCUCAGCCUCAUCCUCUGCAACCAGUGCCGAGGAAAGAAGUCGAAAGCCCCGAAAGAGGAGAAGAAAACGAAGGAGAAGAAGAAAAAAGGGAGCGAGAACGUGGCGUUUGAUGACCCUGACAACAUCCCACCCUAUGGCGACGACAUGACUGUCAGGAAGCAGCCCGAAGGGAACCCGAAACCCGAUAUCAUCGAAAGAGAAAACCCCUAUCUCAUCUAUGACGAAACCGACAUCCCGCACGCCACGGAGACGAUCCCCAGCGCCCCGCUGGCUUCCCCCGAGCCCGAGAUCGAGCACUACGACAUCGACAACGCCAGCAGCAUCGCCCCCUCGGACGCCGACAUCAUCCAGCACUACAAGCAGUUUCGGAGCCACACGCCCAAGUUCUCCAUCCAGAGGCACAGCCCGCUGGGCUUCGCGCGGCAGUCCCCCAUGCCCCUGGGAGCCAGCAGCUUGACCUACCAGCCCGCCUACGGGCAGGGCUUGAGGACAACGUCUUUAAGCCACUCGGCAUGCCCUACUCCCAACCCCCUGUCUCGGCACAGCCCCGCACCCUUCUCCAAAUCGUCGACUUUCUACAGGCACAGUCCGGCGAGGGAGCUGCACCUCGCCAUAAGGGAAGGGAGCCCGCUGGAGAUGCACAACGAUGUCUGCCAGCCUGGCAUUUUUAACUACGCCACUCGGCUGGGGAGGAGAAGUAAGAGUCCGCAGACCAUGGCGAGCCAUGGUUCCCGACCGGGAAGCCGCCUGAAGCAGCCCAUCGGGCAGAUCCCUCUGGAGACUGCUCCUCCGGUGGGGCUGUCCAUCGAAGAGGUGGAGAGACUGAACACCCCUCGCCCCAGAAACCCCAGCAUCUGCAGCGCAGACCACGGCCGGUCCUCUUCUGAGGAGGACUGCAGAAGGCCUCUGUCCCGGACGAGGAACCCGGCCGAUGGUAUUCCCGCGCCCGAGUCCUCCUCCGACAGCGACUCCCACGAGUCCUUCACCUGCUCGGAGAUGGAGUACGACAGGGAUAAGCCCAUAGCGUACACCUCCAGGAUGCCCAAGUUAUCCCAGGUCAACGAGUCCGAUGCGGAUGACGAGGACAACUACGGCGCCAGGCUGAAGCCCCGGCGGUACCCUGGCCGCCGAGGCGAGGGGGGGCCGGUGGGGGCGCAGGCGACCGCCGCCAGUGCCGGGGAGAGCUCCCUGCCCGUGAAGCUGGGGCAGCAAGCGGGAAGCUUCAACUGGGACAACCUCUUGAACUGGGGCCCGGGCUUUGGGCAUUACGUGGAUGUUUUCAAAGAUUUGGCAUCACUUCCUGAAAAAACAGCAGCAGCAGCAGCAGCAGCAGCGAGUGAAGACAGCAAAGGUGGUACAACGAAGCCUGUUUCCAAGGACGGGGAAGCAGAACAGUAUGUAUAGGCUUUAUCUCCUGGUAUUGCCGCAGUGCAAAGCCACGGGGACCGGUCAAACCAUUAUAUGGUUGUAGAAAAGCAAAGGUCAGCAUUUGAACCCCAGGCCAGUUUGGUUGGAGGAGACUUUAAAAAUAAUAACCAUUAUGCUGCUGAAAGAGACUUAAAACGUUUUUAAUUUAAAUAUGCUUCGAUGAAUUUAUUUCUCCUGCAUGCAUUGUAUUUGAAAACAAGAUAUUCGGCAUGCAGCCUUUGAAGAGGGUUUCCUAUUUACCGUUGUUUGGUUUGUGAUUCUUAAAUUAAUAAUGCUUUGUUCUGAAAAUGAACUAAUUUUUUUUUUUAAUUGUGAAGGAUGUGCAUAUUGUCUCCAGCUACUAACAUGUUUUACAAUGCAAGAGUAUUGAGGAUUUAAUUUGCCUUAAGAAGUGCAUGGAAGAAGGAUGGUGAAUGAAGGAAUUACAGUAGUAAGGUGUCUCAGAAAACGUAGUUACCAUAUCCUGCAGUUGCUCACAUGUAACUUUAUGGAUGAAAUCAGCUUGAAUAAUUGCUGGCAUCAGUGCUGUAAGUCUUAUUCCAUACAAGAGGUGCUAGAAGCAGCUCAAGCCAGUCAGCACUUUAGGAGUUUUUUCCUUUUCAGCUUGUUUAUUUGUUUGUUUGGGGAUUUUUCCCUUUCUUUCCCCCCCUUCUUUUUUUUUUUUGUUUUGUUUUGUUUUGUUCUUUUGACAAAGUUGUGUGAGAGCUUCUGAAUCUCUACGAAAUAUUUUGGGAUGCUUAACCCCGGUCCCUGCCCGGCCCCCUCAGUGCUUCCAGUGGUUGGGGAACGAUUGGCAUUUGUCAGCCCAGCCAAGUAGCCUGGCUCGCGGCAGCGGCAGCGGCACGAUCCACGGGAGCGAGGGAGCAACCCCUCGAUUUCCACAUCUCUUGGCCUCUCAACUCGGCUGUGCUGCUGCUGCAGUCUGGGCUUCUCCCCAGAUUUCAUUUUCUCAUCUGUACUACGGAAAGGUAGGAAAAACACUUACUCACCUACCUCACAGGGGUGUUGUGAGGACUAAUUAGUUAACUCAUCUGAAGUGCUUAGACAUUAUAAAGCACUAUAAUAAGUAUUAUCAUAAUUAUUAUUAAAGCACUGCCUAGCCUUUGUGACCUUGAAGUGGCAUUUUCUGCAUUAUAUGAUUUUCUAUGAUGGAAACUGAAGAAUUAUUUAUUGUAUAGAAAAUUACUGCACUCUAGCAUUUUGGAGCGGAUAUGAGGGAAAACUACUUGUAGAUUCAUUAAUGUAGCUUACUGUUUGUCCCAAAUUCCCUAAAGUUUUAGGUAAAGUAGAACCUCACAAAGUCCUUACAUCUUCAUGCAGAUCUGAUGAACUUAUCGUACUGUGUAAAAACUUCAAAAAAAAAAUUUUUUUUUUUUUUUUACCUAAGCUGUGUUUUUAUAUCAAUAUUUUCCUAUGCUGAAUAGUUUUCUUACUUUCAGGGAAGGUAAGAAAAAUACUUUUUUUACAUUUGUUACUUAUGUAACAUCCAUAUUUUUCACAUUUUGAUAAAAUUGUAACAUACUGUAUGCUUUCUACCUGUAAAUGCCAA